UCUAAGGCUCCUGCUUCGAUCAAUAGGUUAAGGGGCUGCCGAAUGCGUGAGUGCAGUGUGGCACGAGUGCACAGCCAGCCUUCUCUCGAGCAGGGGAGACAAGUGUUGCUGUCUUUUUCCCCUGACCUGGGCCUCGGGACCACAUGAGUAUGAGCCGUCAUGUUUCGUGUCACAUUCAAUGUGGUGACAGAGAAAGUUACCUUCACCUUGGCAGCCUGCCCCUCCAUCGCGUGGAAGGCAGUGCAGACUACUGGAGAACUAAAUCCACACCACAGAUGUGAAAACAACAACCCCAAAAGAUGCACCACUGAAGAAAAGCUUUGGUUUGGUGAGAAUGAAGGAGACAAGGUUUUGGAUGUGAGAUAUAACCCCAUAUAUCCCGAUGCUUACGCAGAAAAUAUGACAACGUAUCAGAAUGGCUGUGGAAACGGCACCUCUGUUACCUGUAUGGUGAUGGAUAAUAAGGAAUCGAAGCACUGCAAUACCUCCUUAGGUCAGAGUGGUGACACAAGUCACAGCUAUGAAAAUGAAGGCCAGGAUGAUAAAGUGAGCCCUUCCAAACUCAUGCACUUUUUCUCCACUCCUCGGAAAAGAUCUGGCUCCAAUGUGGAAAGGCCUCGUUCUCUGAUAGUCAUGGGGAACCCCUCAACAUGGAAUGCCCUGUCUUCCAUUAGGAAAAUAGGAUCUUUCAAGAAGUUGAAAUCCUCCGUUCUCCAAGGAAUGCCAGCCAAGGAAGACUCUGACACCUUAAAUGAUAGCGUGUUGGAAAAUAAUAUCAGAAAGCGUGUCCCAAACAAUACGCUGGUGAGAGUUCAAACAAACAGGUAUUCUUAUUCAGGGCCGCUACAUGACUCGCAAAGCACAACUGACAAUGCUUUUGUUUCUGAUCAUUCUGACGGGGAGGAAGGCGAUGAUUCCUUCCUGAGGAACACUCGCAGGUCACGCAGCAUCAGGCGUGCCUAUGGGAUUGGCCGUAUAAAUUUAUUAGACACUGAUAAAAUCCAGGGCCAUCAGGACACUACCAGGACGGUAUCCCCUGUCAUACAGGAGGCCCAGAUUUGCGAAAUAGUAGUGAAAGAUUCUGAAAGCAGCAAAGUCAUCUACCGGAGGAGCAAAAGCACAGAUAACCUGAACUUCCUGAAAAAGAGCUCAUUCAAAAGGAAGUCGACCUCAAACCUCACCGACCUCAAAGUAGUGAACGAAAAGCAAACUCCGCAGAGAGCAACAAGUAUUUCUUCAGCGGACUCUGACAAAGCCAGCAGGAACUCGGAGCGCCAGUCGAAACGCUGGAAGAGCCCAAUCAGGGCGAAGGAUUUCGACAGAGUUUUGAAACUUGUCAGCAACGUUGCUGAUGUUGCGUUGAAGAAAGACAGUCCCAAGAACGAAAUCCCAUCCUCUAAUGAGCCGAACCAGAGGACUAGAUCAAACAGUCGGCUGCAUGAUGAUUACUCACGUCGGGUUUCCAGCAACACUGAGAAAGACAAGCGGAGGUGUGCACCGCCCAGGAGCAGCCCAGACUCUACUGUUUCCACAUCGAGUGUCCAGAGUUCUGAGGAUGACAAUGUUGCGGCUAAUACAUUAACCCUCGAAGGCAGCGGUCUCAGGAUGUCGUCCUGUGACCUUCCAGAUUCGGUGUCUUCACCGCCUCCACUUCAGGACGUUGGGACAAUCGCGAACGAAGUGUUUUACGAAGACUCUGAUGAGCCAAGAAGUUCUCGCCAGUUUACAUGCAGCAGCACUGAGCAUCCUGCUACCCCUGCCAGACCCGUCAUCCCCAAGCCUCAGAGCCCUUGUGCCGAAAACCUCAAGUGCAAUAUGGAUUUCCGUUGUCCUGACAGGAACAGCACCUUGUCACUCAGCUCCGUGGAAAGCGAGGGAAGAGGGGAGGGGCCUUCUGCCAAGCUAGGGAAGAGCCCUGUUUGCUUCCAGGAUUCGGUGCAAGCUGUGUUCUUUGACGACACAAAUGAAGACAGUGGCAUCAGCAGCCACUCUCAGCUGAGUCUCAAUUUAGCUGUGAGUGUUGAUGAAAAGAAGGAGGAGGUUGUUACUGAUGAUCACUGGAAGAAGGCCCCAUAUCAGGAUGAAGAAAGAACAGACACUCAAAAGGUCACACCCAGAAGAUGGGGCUCUGGAAAAAGAUCCCGCCCUCGGCCCCUCUCAGAUUACGGCCAGUUGGCAAUUAGGAGUUUCUCAAUACCAGAAGAUUCCGUUGCUAUGGAGUCUCAGAAAAUGGAUUGUGUGGAUGUUGACACUGAGCCCGGAUCGCCUUCCGCUGAGCCGGGAACCUGUAUGGUAGCCAGUCAAAGAGCGCGCAAAAGAAGACCCAUCUCUGUCAUUGGUGGGGCCAAUUUCUAUGAGAACCAAACAGAAGAAAUAACAGACCUCCUUACACAACCAGUUGCACGCCCUCCGGUACCAGCGCAUCAGGUUCCUCCUUAUAAAGCUGUCUCAGCCCGAUUCCGCCCCUUUACCUUUUCUCAAAGUACACCCAUCGGUCUGGAUAGAGUUGGAUGUAAGCGGCAAAUGAGAGCAUCCAAUGGUGCUACUGAUGGAGGUACUGAAUCUUCUGCCUUAGUGGAUGAUAAUGGUAGCGAGGAGGAUUACAGCUAUGAGGACCUCUGCCAAGCCAGCCCUAGGUACUUGCAGCCCGGAGGGGAGCAGCUAGCCAUUAAUGAGCUGAUAAGUGAUGGGAGCAUGGUCUAUGCAGAGGCACUCUGGGAUCACGUGACCAUGGACGACCAGGAAUUGGCCUUCAAAGCCGGGGACGUCAUCCAAGUCCUUGAGGCUUCCAACAAGGAUUGGUGGUGGGGCAGAAAUGAGGAGAAGGAAGCCUGGUUUCCGGCAAGCUUCGUCAGGCUGCGGGUCAACCAGGAAGAACUUGCAGAAAACGGUGGUGGCCUCCAAGAUGAAGAACCCAAUGCAGACCCUGAGAAGCACCGCCAAAAAAUUGCUGAAAACAAGGAUCAGAUGAGAACAAACGUGAUUCAGGAAAUAAUGAACACGGAGAGGAUCUAUAUCAAACAUCUCAAGGACAUCUGUGAAGGGUACAUUCGGCAGUGUCGGAAACAUACAGGAAUGUUCACUGGGGCCCAGCUGAGCACCAUAUUUGGAAAUAUUGAAGACAUUUACAAAUUCCAAAGAAAGUUCUUGAAGGAUCUAGAGAGGCAAUAUAACAAAGAAGAGCCCCAUUUGAGUGAAAUAGGAUCCUGUUUUCUUCAGCAUCAAGAAGGCUUUGCUAUCUACUCUGAGUACUGCAACAAUCAUCCCAGUGCCUGCAUUGAGAUGUCUAACCUGAUGAAGCAGGGCAAGUACCGCCACUUCUUUGAGGCUUGUCGCCUGCUUCAGCAAAUGAUUGACAUCGCCAUUGAUGGUUUCCUUCUCACGCCUGUUCAGAAAAUCUGUAAAUACCUGCAGCUCGCAGAAUUACUCAAGUACACCACUCAGGAACAUAGCGACUAUAACGACAUAAAGGCAGCAUAUGAAGCCAUGAAGAACGUAGCCUGCCUGAUCAAUGAACGCAAGCGAAGGCUAGAAAGCAUAGACAAGAUGGCCCGCUGGCAAGUGUCCAUUGUCAACUGGGAGGGGCAAGACAUUUUAGGCAGAAGCUCAGAACUAAUCCACUCAGGAGAGCUGACCAAAAUCUCCAAGCAAGGCAAGAGCCAGCAAAGGACUUUCUUUCUCUUUGACCACCAACUUGUGUUCUGUAAGAAAGAUCUCUUGAGAAGGGACAUGCUGUACUACAAGGGCCGGGUGGACAUGGAUGAGUUUGAAGUGCUGGACAUUGAGGACGGCAGAGAAAAGGACUUCAAUAUCAAUGUCAAAAAUGCUUUCAAAAUUGUAAAUAGUGCCACUGAAGAAGUCCAUCUAUUUUGUGGGAAAAAGCCAGGGGACAAGAAGAGGUGGCUGGAGGCCUUUGCAAAUGAGAGGAGGCGAGUGCAAGAAGACAAAGAAAUGGGAAUGGAGAUCUCAGAAAACCAAAAGAAACAAGCCAUGCAAAAUGCACGGAAGUCAAGACACGGAAAGAUGAAAGGUGUCGGAUACAGUGGGUGCCCGAUGCCGCCCCCUCACCAGAGUUUACAUCCUAUCCACCAGCGUCACAUCACCGUGCCCACUAGCAUCCCACAACAGCAGGUCUUUGCCCUGGCAGAACCGAAACGGAAGCCCUCUAUUUUUUGGCACACUUUUAACAAGCUGACCCCAUUCAAGAAAUGAGUGGCUAGAAGAUCCCUGGACUAUAGAAGGUUACAAGGCGAAGGAAGAGCCACUUGCCGUCAAAGAAUUGGUUGGUCCAGCCGGAAAACUCUGAAUUCUGGAGGGAAGGUGCCCUGAUCUUCCUCUGCUUCAGUGAGAAGGACUUGCCAGCGGUUUAGUGGAGAAGGCUGUGGCUUGAUGUGAAGCAAAUGUUGACUUGUGUCAAUAAACAUUGCUGAAUGAGAAACCCACCACUUGGUCGCAAGGGCAGAAUUGCUGCUACUCUUGAAAGGUGGUGCAGGGUUGUUGUACUUGCACCAAAGGAAUGGUUUAAAUAUCUUAGGUCAUUUUGCCUGUCUUAAUAAUAAAUUCAUGGCCAAAUUUAGAAAUAGGAAGGAUAGUAUCCAACCACUUCCCGCUGGCACAGCAUGUUGGCAGAAAAAAGAGGUACCAUCUUCUCUGUGAGCACCAAGCAGGCGUAUGGAUCUCUGGGAUCAGGUUAGCUGCCACCGCAAGAACUGCUGAGCCUCCGUCCUUCCUAUUUGUCUUAGUUCACUGUCCUUAUUUCUUGUUAAUUUAACCAAGUAGGAGUAGGACUUCCUGCAAGGCCUUAGCAUCUUCCUGGCAAAAAUGGGAGAAAAUGUUCACUUGGUGACAUAAAUAGAUAAACAUGCAUUUUUACGUGAUGUUGCAAAUGACGAAGGAAGAGCCCAAUGCAUCUUGGGUGGAUCCUUAUGAAAAGCGGUACUUUGCUGCAUGCAUUGAAUGCACUUCAAGAAACUGGUUUCGUUUUAUUUUGUUACCUGCUGCUGUUUUAGCCUGUGAAAAUUGCCUCUGUGCUUUCCAGUAUGCCUGCUUUUUACACUAUGAGAAGCUGAAGUGUUCUCUGUUCUUAAUGGCGCCAGUGCAACUAAUGAAUAAGAGAAACAGAAAUCUAGUUGUUAACUCAAGGGAGAUUUUUGUCACUCUCCUGUAAAUUGGGCAAAGAAUCUUUAGUCCUUGAGUGGUUGCUGGACUUCAGCGUCCACAAUCCCUAACCAUUGGCCAUUCUGGCUGGGGCUGGUGGAUGUUGGGAGUCUAAUAACAUCUGGAGGGCCACAGGUUCCCCACCCCUGCAGUAAAUAUAGAAUCAUUCCAGCUGGUUUCUGUGACUCCUAGAAAAACCUUCAGAAUAUCUCCAAAAUGCUGUUGAUUUCAUUAUUCUUGCCUACAUCAGCCAAGCCAAGAGGGUUGUUCAGGGAUUGUUUCUUUGCAGUCAAAAUGAUCCCACACAAGGGAACAUUUAGUGGCAUCAGAAAUGAACUUUGAUCAAAACUCAGGUCAAAUGUGGCCGGUUUAUGGCUUAUUAAAAUUAUGUUUUCUUGUUUUGCUUUGCUUUGUUCUGUGAAUAUGAAGCUGUUUCUAAUAGAGCGUUUACAGAACAUUCUAUGCCGAGAACGCCGUUAUAAAUUAAAGUUUAUGGUGCACACUACUAUUUCCCUAUCUCAGUAGUUCUAUAUUAAUGCAAUAUUAGCCUAAGUAUUAUCAACACAGUGGAGUGGGACAAUUCUAUUUCAGGUUGUUUUUCAAAAGAUAUCCAGUCUAUCCAAUUGCCAGUUGUGUUGAUGUCCAGAACUUUAUCUGAUAAUGAAGGUUGAUUCAGGAUUUUUUAAAGUUAUUUAUUUUUACUGUGAAUACAACAGGGGGAGGGGAAAAAGGGGGUAAAUCUGUUAAAAUAUAUGAAGGACAAUGGGCUACAGCCAAGGUUAUUUAACUACAGGGUGAAAUAUAAAGCCUUUGGCUGACAUCCUAAGCAUAUUUACUAGAAAGUAAAUCAUAGUUGACCUUACCUCUCGGUAGAUGUGGUUAGGAGUAGGCGAUUUAUUAACUUCCAGUUUUCUCUCUCUUGCUCCCUGCCACCAGCACACAGAGGAUAUAGACUCUGGCAAAAGUGUGUCACCUUUAAACCCCAUUCAUUUCAAUGGGAAUGCUUAAAACACAUGCAUUGAAUUCAUUGAGACACAGGUGUUUGGCAAGGGUGUAUGUUGUUUAAAAAUAUUGUUUAAUUGAAGCGCAGGCAUCUGGGUGGGCUGCAGAGUGCAAACCAUUGGGGAGGUGAUUUGUAGGAUGAAUGAAAGGGCACUUGCAAACACCCCUUGAUUAGUUCAAAAGUAAGAUAAGCACAACAGAAACUGUCAGGCAGUCGCGGACCUGGGCAUCUCAAAUUUUAGUGGCACCCUGUGUGAGUCCAAAAUCCUGCACCCCCUGCCUCUUACUUUCCGAUGGACUUUAUAGUUGCGGCAGCUGCUACAGUGGUCCAGAAACUCCGUGCCCAGGGCAGCCAUACCAGUCGUACUUCCUUAGAUCUGCCUUUGAUACUGGAUAAUUUUUUGGCAUGGCACUGGGUAAAUUAGGUUCUUGUACCUGCAUUUUCCAUCUUUUUGAAAAUGGAUCUUUUAUUAACAGGCAAGUGGAAGUAGCACAUUGCAGACUGUCGUGUUAGUUAUGCCUUCUGUACAUAGCUUAGCAAUGAUUGUAAAAAGACACUGAUGCUAAACUGGAUUGCCCAGCAUGCUGUGAACCUUAUUGCUUGCUUUUCAAUAAUAUUCUUUUCCUGUCCCCAAAUGAAAUAGUUGAGAACUGGAUAUAUGGAAUUAAAGCCUGGCAUUUUAGUCAUA